AACAUCAUUUACAGAAAUUACAACGGAAUCACUUCCUACAAAGGAAGUGUCCACACAAGUUAGUCCAGAGUUCUCAACUGAAGGGAUGCAAUCUCAAUCAACUAGUGACUCAGCAACAACUUUAACAACAGAGGAAAUAGCUCACUCCACUUUUUCCGCCUCAAGCGAUGCUGUCCAUUCAACAACAUCCCCCCACUCGACAUCUAUGCCUUUAACACAUCCAUCUCUCAGUUCUGACACUACAGAACCAACUUCAUCAGAGUACACAUCAAGUAUAUCAAACACAUCUCUAUCCUCUACCAUCAGUGCAACUUCUUUUCUCGGAUCUACAGCUGAUCAACUGAAUCAAUCCACUAAAUUACCUUCUACUAGUUCACAAAAUUCUGUACCGACAAGUCCAUCUUCUCCAUCAACUAUCACCGUAAACAGCUGUACAGAUUGCCAGUGUAAUGGAGCACCAUGUUUCUUUAAUGUGACUUCUGGAUUAUGUGAAUGCAUUUGCAGUGAUUACACUUAUGGUGAUUCAUGUAGUUUUGCAGUUAACACAAGACCUGUUAUAUUAUCUGAGGAGAGACCUACAAGAAAGGCAAACAUUUCUUUGAGAAUUUUAAAGGAAUAUAAUACUGACUAUGGCAAUUUAAAUUCUGAGGCAUCCAAAAAAUUGAUUUCAAUUUUAUCACAUGGGCUUUCUGGAAUUUGCAGAAGAGCAGCUCCACAAAAUUUCAGAGAUGUAAAGAUCCUCAGAUUAUUACCUGGUAGCAUUAUUGUCAAAAGCAUUGCAGUGUACAACUAUCCCAACAACCAGUCCCAAAUAGAUUUUCUCAACAAGGAUCUACAACCCUCUCUGAUAAAGUUGUUUGAUAGUCCAGAUAUACUUCAAGAUUUAAGUCAAGCACUUGGAAAUGUUUCUGUUCAGGAUGAAGAGAUUCUAAUGCAGACAGCUGAAAUAGAAAAAAUUUCAGACCUGAAACCAUACUUGAAUUGCAGUUCGGAUUUUGCCAAUUACACACUGAAUUUGGUGGAAGGUGCCUGGGUAUGUGAGGGGCCAUGCAAACAAAACCCCGGAUACUGCAACGCUCACGGAGAUUGUGUGAACGUGAAAACUGGCCCGAUGUGCCUAUGCUACAAGUCUUCUUUUGAAGAAUACUACGGUCCACAGUGUGAGCUUUUCCGCAGAGGUGCAGGGUUUUAUGGCGCACUCUUCGGGAGUUUAGGAGCUGCCCUUCUUCUUUUCAUAACUGUGACAAUCGGGAUCGUAGUAGUACGGAUGAGGCGCUGUAGAUGCUGGUCUUUGAGCAGCAGUUAUGAUUCAAGUCAUUCAAGUUUGAGCUUGUUUGGUGACUACUUCUUCGACUUCACCGAGAGAGGUCAUCUUCAGAAGUACACUAUGCAUAACGAUCUACGAGAUGCAGAGGCUGCAGUGUUUAACUGACAUUUUGAGAAUGUUGAUACCUUAUUUGUAAGGUGAAGACACUGUACAAUAACAGAAGCAAAGCCAUGAUUUUAUGUAUAUCUUUCUGAAGCUAUGCUGUCUUUCCUACACAGUAAAUAACUGUGACAGAGGACUUUAAAUCGAUAUCUCUCAUUUUUAUUCUGAUGCGAAAUGAUUACACUAGUACAGAUUUGUAGGUUACAUUAUCAUUUUGGAACACUUCCAAAGAAAAUACAAAUAAUAGCUAAUAAAUGAUUACUUUAGACAAUAUUUAUUUCUACAAAAUGUCCUUAUGCCAUGUACUACAUGAUGGAACGUUAUAGACAUGAACUAACUUCCAAUGCUGCUGGACCUGUUUGAUUUCACCCUCUCGGUAGGAUUUGAGAAGGUCUUGAAACGACGUCGUGUUUCUGUGCUCUCGAGUUCUCCAGGGUGGUUCAGUCACUUUGGUCGGAAGAAGAUUGAGCUUUAUGUUCUCCUAAUAUACUACAAAAAAAGUUUAAGUAAUUUAGAAGUCUGCUUCUAGAAAUGAAGCCCUUAGAAUGCUCAUAAGUUGUGUUUUGCUUAUUUAUGAUCUAUUUAUCAUAAUAUGAUCUAUUAUGAAAUAUUUUAUUCUAUUUAUAAAGCCACUGUAAACUUUA